AUGGCCCCACCAACAGAUCGCAAAGAGAUACUAUCCCGCCUACGCGGUCAUAUCAAAGACAAAAAGCCAAUUGUUGGCGCCGGAGCAGGCAUCGGCCUCUCUGCCAAAUCCGUAGAGAGCGGAGGCGGCGAUCUAAUCGUCAUCUACAACAGCGGACGAUUCCGCAUGGCAGGUUGCGGCAGUCUAGCAGGACUGAUGCCAUACAGCAAUGCCAACGACGUAGUUGUCGAAAUGGCAGCCGAAGUGAUUCCCAUUGUGAACGACACACCCAUCAUUGCGGGCGUAUGCGGCACAGAUCCCUUCAGACUGAUGCCGCAGUUCCUGAAGCAGCUCCAGGGUCUAGGAUUCGCGGGUGUGCAGAAUUUCCCGACCGUGGGACUGAUUGAUGGGACUUUCCGUGCGAACCUUGAAGAAACGGGGAUGGGUUUCGGCAAGGAGGUGGAGAUGAUUCGGACUGCGGCAGAGCUGGGGCUUCUUACGACGCCGUACGUUUUUAAUGUUGAGGAUGCGGUUGCUAUGACGAAGGCCGGGGCUGAUGUCCUUGUUGCUCAUAUGGGGUUGACGACUUCUGGUACGAUUGGUGCACAGACUGGCAAGACGCUUGAGCAGUGUGUUGGGGAGGUCCAGGCUAUUAGGGACACUGCUGUUAAGAUUAAUCCGGAGAUUAUUGUACUCUGUCAUGGCGGUCCAAUUGCUGCGCCAGAUGAUGCGAAGUUCAUGCUCGAGAGGGUUCGAGGUUUGCAUGGUUUCUACGGAGCAAGCUCUAUGGAGAGACUCCCUGUUGAGAAAGCAAUCACCAACAUUACGGCCGAGUUCAAGGGAUUGGAGAUACCCUAG